AUGGUGUUCAACAUCAAGAGACUCUUCCGGAUAUCCUCGGACAAGCACGGGAGAAAAGGACCGCAGACAGACACAGACUCACCGAGCGAGGACGACGUGUACAGCCAGAGAUUACAAAACGACCCGUCCAGUCGACACUGGGCCUCGUCAUCCUCGAAUUCACUAUGGAACCUGACCAAAUCCAAGGACGACCUGCAAAGUGGCCAAAGCCGGCAAAAUGGGCAGAGCGGGCAGAGCGUCCAGAAACAGCAAACCGACACCUCCUCGACAAAAGGCAUCCGAAUCAAGGCUCCUCGGAUCGGUCGAGGCAAGGAGCACGGAGGGUACGCAGCCUUGCGGGAAAAAAGACAACACGUUCUGGUAACUGCAGUGUCAGUGAAGUCAUGA